GAAUGCAUCGAUCACUCAGUUUCGCACUUGGCUCCUGCUCCACAGCUAAUCGAUCCGCUCGUGCAGGAGAACCGGCUCUCUCUUCAACUGGACCGGACAGACACCCGUAAGCAUGGAAGACACUUACUGAGGCAAUCACGGAGAGAUACGCGUUUAUACCGACUAUGGCUGUAGACGCUGCGUCCAGCUUCAGCUUCUGUCGAGCUGCGCUGGAUCACACUGUCUCAGCAGAAGAGUUACACUACCAGCUGCCACGGAAUGCUGGAGGCAACAUCAACUGGCAUGAGGGUCGAGGACAGAGGGUGACAAGGAGGACGGUCAAACUCCUACAGCAGCCCGGCACAGAGGGAAUACAAAUCCAGUCAGGUGAGGCCUUCACUGUGUACCACACCAGCCCGACGCUCUCCAGCUUAUGCAAACCCGUGGUGCUGUGGACCCAGCAGGAUGUGUGCAAGUGGUUGAAGAAACACUGUCCACACAACUACCUGACCUAUGUGGAGGCCUUCUCUCACCACGCCAUCACAGGUCGUGCUCUGUUACGGUUGAAUGGGGAGAAGCUGGAGAGGAUGGGAAUCGUACAGGAGACUCUGAGACAGGAAGUGCUGCAACAGGUCCUACAGUUGCAGGUCAGAGAGGAAGUACGCAACCUACAGCUCCUUAGCAGAGCUUCCUUUGGAAACCUGUCUUAGCUCGUCUAUCCAUUUGGCAGCUCUCUCCUCUUCCUGACGGAGACAGGAGUCCCUGUUCCAAACUGAAAGAGACAGAGAGAGAAUCUGCCUGGCUGGAAAUGUGAAGAAUACUGUUAACUCUAUACCAAUUUCACAGACAGGAUGUCUUUUUAGGCACAACUGGAUGGGGUUCAAAGACUCAAAAGGAGACAAUGCCGGACUCUGAAACUGUAAUAUAGUGAUAAGAUUCAAGUUUCAACUCAUCUCUAAAAAAAAAAAACCUAGAGCACCAACCAGAGCUUUGUUAGAAAACAAGGAUGUGUUGACUUGAUAUGGAUUGGAUCUUGGAUUGGCUGAUGGCUCUGGAUGGACUCUUGAGUAGAUGUUGAGUUUAAGUUAAUCUUGGAUCUUGAAGUGUGAUCUCAAAUCAUCUUAAAGGAGCAACUCAUUUCAGCUGCCUUGAUUCACUGAAGUUUAGGGUGUUUGGAUGUCUGACAGCCCUGCUCUUUUACCCAGCAUCAUUAGUUGAACAUGGACGUAGAAUAAAUCCCGCCUGUAAAUGUCUGCGAUCGCAGACAGGUCUUGCUUCUACCUCUCACAAUAGAUUGUAUUAUUCCAUUAGCAGAUAUAGGAUAAAGAGAAUUAGACAUAGAAUAGGGCAUGCCCAGAGGUUUGAAUACCCAAUAUUUUCCCAUCCCUGACUUCUACGCUACAGCACCAACUUGGCCCAUAAAAUUCUUUCUGAUUCUGAUUCUAAUGAGGCGUUCACACUGUCAUCAAGUUUUAGCAAUAACGUCACCAGAAAUCAUUGAUUUUCAAUGAGAGUGUAAUUUGAGGAGAAUUAAGCAAUGUAGCAACCACAAAAGAUAGUGCAGACAUUGAAGGUCAAGUGAUCCUCUGCCUGAUACAGUUACAGUUGGAUCAUCUACUAUCAACAGCAACCUUCAGCGAUUUAAUUGCUGUCAAUGUGAACGCCCCUAAUGGUUUUUUCAGCUGAGUUAAAGGGACAGCUCACCCAAAAAUGAAUGACUAAAUGAUGACAGAAUUUUCUUUUUUCAUUUUUGGGUAAACUACCCCUUUAAGGACAACACUGAAUGUUAAACCCGCACACCCAACCAUCAACAAUAUUUUUUAUUCUCAUGAGAUGUAGGUUUGUCUCCUUGUACCUGCUGUUCCCUUCAGGAAAGCACUAAGUUAUGUUUUUUGAUUUCGGUGUCAUUUUGAAAUAAUGUCCUGCUAUGUAAUACAGUCAUGGGAAAAAGAAAAUAC